CAAUACUAUGGUAAAAUUUUCAUUGGUAAGCCACUUCAGGAAUUUAAAGUCAUUUUUGACUCUAGUUCGGCUGAUUUAUGGAUACCGUCGUAUUAUGCAAGAACCAUGCAGUAUGCAGUAAAGAGACACACUAAAUAUAAUUGCGCCAAAUCGAGCACUUAUGUGCCUAAUGGUAAGUCCUGGAGUAUUCAAUUCAUUGGUAACGAUUUCAGUAGUCUUCAAAGUGAAGAUACUGUUACUGUAAGUUUGAAUCAUGUUAAUACUAGUAUUAAAUUGGUUUCUGUGAAGCAACUCUAA